AUGAUCAUGAGUCUCGCUGCAUGGGGGGAUGGAUCUUUGCUUCGCAUUGCGUGGCCACUAUUCGUCACAGCGAUAGUCACGGACAACUGUCGAUAUCAUGAUUGGAUGCGGAAUCGACUACAGAGGAUCAGCAAGUUCGGGAAAAAUUAUGAGCGCGCCUAUCAAUAUCGACUCAAAAUGUCGCAGAUACGGAACGCCGAGAGGAGUAAGGCAGGUGCCCAAGUGGGAUUGGAUUCUGGAGGUCUAGGGGCUUUUGUAAUUUGGUACUGA